UCAUUCGAUCGACCAUUUUCCGACUGUUAACCGAUGGUCUGGUCUUCAACACGCCCGAGCUUGUUUCUCGAGGUCAAGUCAGUUCUUAAUUGAAUCUGACUUCCAUCUUUUCCAUUCUCUUCCUAUUUAGGUCCCUUGCGAUACAAGCGGCCCAAACCUGUAUUAUUUAUUAUUAUUAUUACUAUUACCAUCACUGUUUUUGUUACUAUCGCAUACAUAACCUACCUUGACCAAAUCUGUCUCUAUCCAUCGCGCGUAAACCAAAUCGGCAUCCGAUCUGCUUCACCGCAGUCUCGUCCCCAUGCAAUAGUUCCCCACUUUCACUCGUCACCGUCUUUUCUGGUCGUCCUAGCGACUGCCUCCAAACAACAAACCUACGAUUUAUCUUCUUAGAACGGUUGCAAAAGCUUCCUUCUCCAAACUCUUACCUCAACAGCAUCAACAGUCAAACAUCAUGUCGUCGCUACCUCCCGACCCCUACAAGGCUCUUGGUGUAUCCAAGGACGCUCAACUAGCAGAGAUUCGAUCCGCCCAUCGGAAGUUGGUCUUGAAAUGCCACCCCGACAAAAUCCAGGACCCUCAGUUGAAGGAGGACAAGCAGCGGGAGUUUCAGCAAGUUCAACAAGCUUAUGAGUUGCUGAGUAACGAAGCCGAGAGAGCUAGGUAUGAUGAAAAAGUUAGGCUGGAAGAGUUGAGAAAAGAGGUUAGAGGCAUGGCCUCGACUACUACCUCAUCACCUCGUAAUUCGAAACGUCACGAAACCAAGUAUUAUGAUGUCCACCACGCCGAGCCGCGGCCUAGCACCUUUGGCACGUCUCCCCACAAUGUCUACGGCCAUACCCCUCCUUCGCGAUCCUGGGAUGAAAAUCUCUAUGGGAGAGGUUUUGAUGAGAAGCCUCGCUCUGCGAGAAAAACCGCGAGCUAUGAGUAUGACAGAGAAAGAACAGAGAGAACUAGGAAAGAUGACGACCGUCGAAGGCGUGAAGACGAUAAGGAAUGGGCGCGGCAACAGGAGAGAGCAAGAGAAAGGGAAAGGGAAGAGCGGCUAAGAGAGCGCGAAGCGAUGAAGGAGAGGGAGAGAGAAAGGGAGAAGGAAGCAGCUAAGAAAGAAAAGGACCGACGCAAAGAGGACCGAAAAGAAGACAAGAAGAAGGCUGACAAAGACCGUCGCAAAGAGUCAGACGACAAGCACCGCCGUCACAAACAACCUCCUUACACGGAACCGUUUCCAGGAGAAGAUGAGGAGGCCGUUUUCACAUCCGCGUCGUCCAAGCCAGAGAAGAAGAAGUCGAGCAGCAGCAAAAAGUAUGAGGAAACUCCAGCAGCGGCGCCGCCAGCACCGACACCGACAACAGACCGCGAGAGAAAGAACUCGGCAAAUCUGGAUAACGCGAUUCGGUACCUGAGUAGAUCAGGUGCUAAACCUCCGGCGCUCAGUCGAGCACAGACAUACCAUGCCGACGGGUUCGCCGGCGUCCGACACGUAGCCCCGAUUGCUGUGCCAACACCGCCACCCGCGGCUGCUGCACCUUUCGCACCCCCUCCUGCGGCUAAUUCUCGAGAUGCGCCGUUAGACGAAGACGUGAAGAGAUCAUCAGGGAGACCUCGCCGCAUGUCUCAUGACACUUCCCGGCCUUCGAAAGAGAAAUCGCACAAGAAAUCGAGUCCAUCUAAGGAAGCCAUCAUCGUGGACUCGCCUGCAUCCGGUGCUCGAAUCGUGCCUUCUUUCACCAAGUCUCACUCUAUUCCCAUAUCAGGACAGUCUGAAUCGCAUCGAAUGCCACCUCUUAGCCGCUCUAGCACGGAGGCCUACUCUCGUCCCCAACCCCCUGGCAUAGAACGCGCGUCCACUUGGAUGCCGGAUUCCGACCUUGGUCGAGAACGCAGUCGCUCGCGCCCUACUCGCAUGUAUACGGAUGAAUCAUCGGAGGAUGAUCGGGAUCGAGAACGUCGACACCGCCGUACUCGACGAACACAAUCUCCAGAGGAUAUUCCGGAGGACGUACCUGUUCAAACUACUCGGUACACUGUCAGCGCAAGUAGGAAAGCUAUUCCGGUUCAAGAAGCCUUCUACUCGGAGGACUCGCCUAGGAUUUCUAAGAAGACGUCUUAUCCGAUGCCCAAUAGCUCUGCGCGUCGAGCGGAUCCUCGAGCGGCCUACUAUGAGCAUGACGACUUGGAGGAUGAGCCGGGGUACUUCCCUGCGGGCGUGAAGUAUGCACAGCAGUUCAACCCCGCCGAGAUUCAGUUCAGCAAACUGCAGCACUCAGUCCGAGAGGAGGUAUUCACAUAGCUAUUCCUGGUUUCUCGAAAAGCAAUACGCUGGCCUCUGCUGAGAUUUGCCAAUAGCAAAUCACCUAUCGUUGGUCUGAUGGAAGGCGAUUGGCGUAUCACAAUAUGCCAUGAUCUUGACCAUGUCCUUUAAGGCUCCUGCUUUUUUCGCUUUUUUUUCUUCGUCUGAAUUUGGCGUUGUGAGGGCUUGGGGGUUUUGAUUUCGUGCCUAUAAAGAAACUUCAUGAAAUAC